AUGUCUUUGUCUUCAAGAGCCGUUCUCGUCGUUAUGUGCUUUCUGUUCUUGUCGUGUACACCACUCUUUACGUCGGCAACAACAACAACAGUUCAAGGACUUCAGCCUCGAUGUGAAUCUCACAUCUUCAACAACGGAAAACAUUACCGUUCUUGCAAGGAUCUUCCCGUGUUAGACUCGUUCCUACACUUCAGUUAUGCUCGAGAAACCGGAGUUCUCGAUGUUGCUUACCGUCAUGCCAAUCUUGAGUCUUCUAGUUGGAUCGCUUGGGCCAUAAACCCGACCAAAAAAGGCAUGUUAGGCGCUCAAGCUCUCGUGGCUUAUCGUAACUCAACAUCUGGCGUCAUGCGUGCUUAUACUUCAAACAUCAAUAGCUACGCUACUAUGCUUCAAGAGUCUCCUCUUAGCUUUCGUGUAACGCAAGUAUCCGCCGAGUAUCUUGAUGGAGAGAUGACGAUAUUCGCAACUAUGGUGCUGCCUCCUAACACAACCGUUGUGAAUCACUUAUGGCAAGACGGUCCGUUGAAGGAAGGAGAUAGACUUGGGAUGCACGCAAUGAGUGGAGAUCAUCUCAAAUCCAUGUCCACUUUGGAUUUGCUUUCCGGACAAGUCACCGCAACCAAAUCAGUUAAUGGAAACAUAUUGUUGGUCAAGCGAAUCCAUGGAUUAGUAAACACAGUGAGUUGGGGGAUUCUCAUGCCUAUUGGAGUUAUGGCAGCACGUUACAUGAAGACCUACGAAACAUUAGAUCCCACAUGGUUCUACGUACACGUCGUUUGUCAGCUCACCGGAUACUUGGCCGGUCUUCUCGGAGGCCUUGGAACAGCGAUCUACAUGGCAUUGCAUACCGGGAUGAGAAGCACUGCGCAUACCGUGAUAGGGAUUUUAAUAUUCUGUUUAGGGUUCUUGCAGAUACUUGCGCUCAAAGCAAGACCGGGUAAAGACCACAAAUACAGAACAUACUGGAACUGGUAUCAUCACACGGUGGGAUAUGUGGUGGUUGUGCUAAGCGUGUACAACAUAUACAAAGGUUUUGUUAUAUUGCAACCUGGAAGUGGAUGGAAGAUCGCAUACACUGCUAUCAUUUGUGCUAUUGGAGCGUUUGCAAUUGUGAUGGAGAUCUUGCAGUUCAAGAAGAGAUGGGGUAGCUUGUUUGUGAAGAAAUCGGAAGACCUACAAGAAGCUAAUCAAAGUGCUUUUAAGAAGGAGAUCUCGAAGUUUAUGAACAGAUGGGGUGACAAGACACCGGAAGACCUAGAAGCUAAUCAAUAUGCUUCCACUGAAGUGGUCUAGUUUUAUUCCUUUUCCAUGUACUGUCUAUAAAUGUC